AUGACAAUUAAUGUGAAGAUAGUGUUACAAAGCGGCUUGAUUACAAUCAUCGUAUCGUCACUCCUCUUUGGGAUGCUUCUGUUAACAGAAAUCUAUAAAACCGUAAUUGUGUCAAGGUUUAUUUUACCACAGCCAAUCUACAGAAAUCAUGACAAGAACGGAUUUCAGGAAAGUCCAACGUUUCCAGAAACAAGGAUUUCAGAGCCAUCAGAGGAUGCUAAACUUAUUUUAUAUUGGAUUCCUAGUUCUUCUGGUUUUAACUACCUCGGGUUGAAAAAAUAUCACACCUCAUUCGAGGGUUUGAAGUGUCCCGUGGGUAACUGUAAGGUGACGGAGGAUAAGAGUGCUGCCUAUGAUGCCGAUGCCAUCAUUUUCAUGGGUCCGGCGUUAGAAACAAGGAUUUCCGACGCAUCAGAGGAUGCUAAACUUAUUUUAUAUUGGAUUCCUAGUUCUUCUGGUUUUAACUACCUCGGGUUGAAAAGAUAUCACACCUCAUUUGAGGAUUUGAAGUGUCCCGUGGGUAACUGUAAGGUGACGGAGGAUAAGAGUGCUGCCUAUGAUGCCGAUGCCAUCAUUUUCAUGGGUAGGGCGUUAGGUAAAAAACCAGAAAAACGGAACCCCAAAACGCGCUGGAUAUGGACCAAUCACGAGAGUCCAUGUCACUCGAAGUUAUCCAGUGAAUGGACGUUCAACUGGACGAUGACUUACAGGAAGGACAGCGACAUCUACAGUCCAUACGGAUUUCCCAUACUGGACAAAAAACACGAUGAAGCCAAGAAAAGGGAUUUUCUAUCAGUUGCCAAGAGCAAAACUAAAUUAGCGGCCUGGGCAGUCAGCAAUUGUAAUGCUCCAAGUCAACGUAUGGAAUAUGUUAAGGAAUUACAGAAAUAUAUGAGCGUGGACAUUUAUGGGCGUUGCGGGCCAUUCAAAUGUGGACGCGACAGGGAAGCUAAAUGUAACGAUAUGUUAAACAAAACUUACAAAUUUUAUCUUUCUUUUGAAAAUAGUUUUGCCACGGAUUAUGUCACAGAAAAAUUAUAUAAAAUCCUCCCAUUGGACGUUAUCCCGGUCACACGUUCAGGUGCCAACUACUCGCGUCUUGGCAUCCCUCCAUCCUGGCACAUAGACACACACGACUUUAAGUCUCCCAAAGAGCUGGCAUACAGACUGAAAGAACUAGAUAAAGACGACGUUGAAUAUGCCAAGUUGUUGCAAUCAAAGGCGGACAUUGAAGUCUCUUCUUGGAUUCGUGGUUAUUGUGAUAUUUGUGCCAAGCUUCACUCUCCAACGGAACCAGUGAAAUCCUACAGCGCCCAGGAUAUACGUAGUUGGUACGGUACAUGCAAACCCCCUGAUGAUAUGCAGUUUAUGACCGGCGGAGUAUAG